UACUGGCUUGAAUUGUCCAGACUAGGUUUCGGUUCCUGCAGGCCGCGAGGCAGUCUUUGUUGUCCUUGGGACCACUGACAAGAGUAUGGACUUCGCGCGGAAUCAAGGGGGCUGCUGAUUCACGCAUCCCACAGGUUCUUUACUCUUCCCUGGUGAGUAAGUCAUUAUAACUUAGCGGUGAGCAAGUUUCAGAUAGAACAGGAGCAAUGAGAAUGUUGAGGGUCUCUUCGCUAUUCCGCCUGCCGACAUUGUAAAUAAUAGUGGAUUGGAUGGUGGAAGGUCAACAAUUGACUGAGUGGUUGUAUGUCGGCCAGUCACAUGACUACGGGGGCGAGCGGUAAAUUGUUCUAGGCUUCUAGCCCCGUUUCUAGAAAGUCUCCCGCGGGAUUUUAUCAGCGCGAUACUUCUUUUCUUCUGAUAGCGUUUGCCUCCGACAAUCUUCACUAGCCAGCGCAUCAUCAUCACCAUGUGGAACUCAGGGGCUGCUUCAGCACGAGUGCACCUGCCAUGUCUGCUGCACGAAGCUUUUCAACCAGAUCUUGCUCGCUCGACCUGUCGAGUUUAUCAGCGUCGAAGCUUGUUUCCGAUAACGCCUCUUGCCUAUCGCAAGCCUGGCGCUCAACGCAGUUUCAGCUCCAAUCAUCAAAUCCAGAUACACCAGUCUCAUUCAUUGUUGUCGUCCAUCAAUAUCCUCGAAGAUUCUCCGAUUGCGACGAACAAGAUAGAAACAACCACGCCAGCAAAGAACGAGCGUGGCGACAACUCGACAGACAACGUCGUACAAGCCCCAGAAUCUCCAUCUAAGACUCAGCGAGUUCCUUUCACACAACGAACAGAUGCCAGGGGUGUUGGUAAAGAGAGAGCUAAAGGCUCCUACAGCGAAACCGACUCGCGCGGCGAUCGAUCGAAAACGAUGCCCUCUGAGAAGACCAAGCCCUCGGAAGGGAAGCCAAAGACUUGGAGGGAUGCUAUCAAAAACACUGGCCCGCCGAAGAAGAAAGAACACUGGCAAACCCAAAAGGCUGCCUUGAAAGAGAAGUUUAAGGAAGGAUGGAAUCCUCCUAAGAAGCUUUCUCCCGACGCGAUAGAAGGAAUCCGACACUUGCAUCAGGUGGCACCAGAGCAGUUCACCACACCUGUUCUCGCUGAGCAGUUCAAGGUCUCACCAGAGGCGAUUAGACGUAUCCUGAAGAGCAAAUGGCGGGCAUCAGACAAAGAAAUGGAGGAUCGUCGGAAGCGAUGGGAAAGACGACACGAUCGUAUCUGGGCUCACAUGACUGAGCUCGGCCUGCGACCGCCUACCAAGAAUACGGAAAAUCUGCAAGAUUCACAGGUUCUCCUCUAUGAAGCUCAGAGUGAGGAAGACAAGGCAUAGACAAUGUUGCUAUGGCUUUAGCAUUACAAACACUGUAUAAUACCAUUGCAUGAUGUACAUUAACGAGCUGAGACGGUGGCGUUGUAUGGGUUGGCGUUAUCUCAUUUCAUUCUAUCUUUAGUUCAAAGACAAUAUCGUCUGUCCUAGCUCAGGAAAUCCACAUGACAGUAGACGGCUUGUGCGCCUUGUCGGGUUUUGUUUAUCUGGUUGUCAAUUGCAUUUAAUGAUUGUUACCAUGUUGAGGACUCGGAGGAAUUGGGUUGUAUGCACUCGAUACACUCACUCAUUAAGGGUCUCGGCUAGACUAAGCCCAUCCAUC